UAUUAGGGCCACCAGCCAGCAGUCAGCACAGUUCGUUAACAGUCCUAGUCGUGGUUCUAGGAGGUUCAACCAGCGUCCAGCGACCAGUGCUAGUGUCGUGUCGUGUGUAGUUAGUUUUCCGUUUAUAUCCCCAGUGUAUUCCCCGUAUUCCUUUCGAAGCUCAAUAGUGUGAUCAACCAAUAAAGAUGAAGCCAUUUUUGAUUGCCGCCGCGCUGCUCGUCUCGACAGUUUCCGCCUCCUGGCACGGAGCCGUCUCCACACAGUACCAGCACCUGGAUCCCCACAGCCAUACCUACUCCUACGGGUACGCUGAUCCCAACUCACAGAAGCACGAGUCCCGGGGUCAUGAUGGCACCACGCACGGCUCCUACUCCUACGUGGACGGGCAUGGUCAUGUCCAGUCCGUGUCCUACACCGCCGAUCCCCACCACGGUUUCAACGCCGUAGGCACCAACCUUCCCAAGGCUCCUCAGGUGCAUGCCCCUCUCUAUGCUGCCGCCCACGCCGCCUAUGUGCCCUACGCCCAUGCCCAUGCCCACGGACCCAUCCACAUCCCAGUGCUGACCCACGGAGGAGUUCCCGUUGACACGCCCGAGGUACAGCACGCCAAGGCUGCCCAUGCCGCCGCCCACGCCGCUGCUGCCCACAACGCCGGCCACCAUCUGUACAAGCGAUCGAUCUACGGCGGUGGCUGGGCCUACGGGCAGGCUGCCCAUGUCCCGCUCACCCACGGCGGAGUGCCAGUAGAUACCCCCGAUGUGCAAGCCGCCAAGGCCGAGCACUACGCUGCCCACGCCAAGGCCCUGGGUCAUGUGGCCCACGCCCAUGGAGCCCCAGUUGAGACCCCUGAGGUUCAGCACGCCAAGGCCGCUCACUUCGCCGCCCAUGCUGCCGCCCGUUCCGGCCACGCCAUCGCCCCGAUCUCGCACGGCGGCUACCACGUCCCGGUGAUCCACAACGGAGUGCCCGUUGACACCCCCGAAGUACAGCACGCCAAGGCUGCCCAUUACGCUGCCCUUUCGCAGGCUUCCGCGCACGGUGGCGCCUCUCACGGAUCCUGGGACGAUGGCCACUAUGACGGUCGCUGGGAGGGCGGUCACGCCAGCAGCCAUGCCAGCAGCUACGCCGGCGGCUACUCGCACAAGGGACCCAUCCACAUUCCGGUGAUCCACAACGGAGUGCCCGUUGAGCCCGCCGAGGUGCAGCACGCUCGUGCCGCGCAUCUGAACGCUCUGGCCGCCGCCAGCCAUGGCGGAGCCGGACACGGUGGAUACUACGGUGCUGGUGCCGGACACGAGGACGAUGGCCAGUACCACGCGCACUACGACCACUACUAAGAUGGGAUCCAUCUCUGCCCAACUGACUACCGAAGCCAACUAUGCGUAUGCGUGAUGUGCGUUGCGUAUACGCCAUGUGACUAUAUUGCAGCAUAUCUAUCCACUCUUCUGUCUUCUAUCUCUUUAUAAUCUAUCUAUCUGUGAACUACACACAUUCUCCUUACACACUUGCGGAAAACUGAAACUACACACGGGAGAUUGAAGCCGCCGGAUGACGGCUUCCUUGCCCGCUGAUUUUCACUCGAGCUGGAUCUCUGGUCCAGUCCCAACACACAUAAUCCUGCAACUCUCUCUACUCAACUUUCCUUUUUACUAUUCUUCUAUGAAUCCUGCUAUUCUUCUAUGACUUUUAUUGAGGAACGCUGUACGAGUAUGUUGUAAAUAAAUGUUGUAAUCUUUUUGUAUCUGACCAGA